CGCAGGCCAGAAGCGAUGGAGGAGAGGGAGACGCCGGCAACGGAUGCGGCGGGGGGCAGAAAAGACGAGGAACCGCUGCUGAGUAGGCCCGCGCUUCCCGCUCCGGCGAGCGGUCCCGAGGAAGAAGCGGAAGACUGCGGGGGGCUCUGGGAGCUUCCCGUGGAGCUCAGCGCGCGGAGGCCGGAGUGCGGCCGUUGCGGCCGUCCUGAGAAGGUGUGUUUGUGUCCAUUCUUGCCAGUCCACCCACUGAAAGUCUCCACCUGUUUGUAUAUCAUCCAGCAUCCAGCAGAGGAAAGUCGAGUACUACGGACUGUACCCCUUCUGGCUGCUUGUCUACCUGAAGAAAAAUGCAAAGUCUUGAUUGGCCGUCGCUUCAGUGAAGACAGGUACCCUGAGCUGGCAUCUGUGUGCAGAAAUAAAAAUACCUUAGUAUUAUAUCCUGGAGCUGGAGCAGCAAAUUUGGAAGAGGUCGACUUGAGCUCACCUGAUCCCUAUGUGAUCAUUAUCAUUGAUGGAACAUGGAGCCAGGCCAAAGAUAUAUUCUUCAAGAACACCCUUUUUCGAAUACCUAAACAGGUGCAGCUGAGAACUAGCCUUUCAAGUCAGUAUGUAAUUCGUACCCAGCCUACAAAUGCAUGCCUGUCAACACUUGAAUGUGCAGCUAUUUCCCUGGCCAUCAUGGAGAAAAAUGAUGGUAUUAAAGAAUCUCCAUCUGUCUCCUUUUUUCCAGACUGUCCUCCGUCCUCUUCAAGCCCUCUGCUCUUUCCAGCUUCAACACGGCGCCCAAGUUCAUCACAGCAAGGAGCACCUUCUUAAAAAUGGUUUAUAUGACAAGCCCAUGCCAAAAAACAAGCGCAAGCUCAGAAGAAUGGAGCUGCUAGUGAAUAAUGUUAAAAUUUAGCAAUGUCAUGUAGAAUUAGAUUUAUUUAUUUUUUAAAGAAAGAAUCUUUAAAAUAAUGAAGUGGAGCUUGAUAUGGAUUUAAUCCAGACAAUCAUCUCUUUUGAUAAUGGACAAAGUUCAGGUGGCAACUUGCCAAGGAGUUCAAACCUUAUAAUAAUAAUGAAAAGCAGAAUGCCUGGACCAUCAGGGAAUAAGCAAGAGAUAUCCGCCCCCCAUACUCUCACCCCUGUUUAUCAGUCUGUGAUCUUUAGUAUGGCUUCUUUAAAAAAAUUUAUGGGAGGCUUUUGGCAUUACUGCACAAGGAAUAUAUAUUUUUUACAAGGCAGCGGUUAGAAGAGAAAAUUCCAGUAUGGGGAUUUUGAUUUGCAACAACAGUGGGAAUGAAAUAAUAAUUUUAACAUUUCCCCCCCGUUUAAUUUCUUGUUCUGAUUAAACAAUAUAUCAUAUAAA